AUGAGAUCGACUCGCGUCCUUCUUCUUCUUCUCCUUCGUCGUCUCCUGGAAACGUGCAGUGGCUCGGAAGUUCUUGAGGGAUCACACACAGUAGUGUCGAGUGGUGUUGGUCCGACGAGUGUCCUUUUCACGUCGUCUGACUUGUCGAGGGGACGAGCUGUGUUUAGUACCAGGGUUCACGGAAGUAGCAUUGGAAUGAAGCUGAGACGGGGAGGAAGACUGGGCCUGGCGCUGUUCGCCUUGAUGGUUUUCGCUGUCAUGGUCAGGGAGGACGCCAAGACGGGUGCAGUGGGUCCUUCGCACAAGGACGCCCAAAAAGCCCGGAGGGGCGCCAGAAGUGGAUUCAAAAAAUCCGAAUCCUUCCAGCCGGGAACCAAAGGCGAAUCACGUUCAGAACCUGUUGGGAUCCCGACCGAGCUUCGCACUGGUCCUCGCAUGAGAUCGACUCGCGUCCUUCUUCUUCUUCUCCUUCGUCGUCUCCUGGAAACGUGCAGUGGCUCGGAAGUUCUUGAGGGAUCACACACAGUAGUGUCGAGUGGUGUUGGUCCGACGAGUGUCCUUUUCACGUCGUCUGACUUGUCGAGGGGACGAGCUGUGUUUAGUACCAGGGUUCACGGAAGUAGCAUUGGAAUGAAGCUGAGACGGGGAGGAAGACUGGGCCUGGCGCUGUUCGCCUUGAUGGUUUUCGCUGUCAUUUUUGUGUCUACGAAGGGACUAAAGGGAGACAAAGGAGCAUCUGGAACCAACGGUGCAAAAGGGGAUCUCGGCAUGAAAGGAGUCCCGGGCGACGCGGGUGCAAAAGGCGCAAAAGGUGCAAAGGGAGAUUUAGGCGGCCCAAUCGGACCAAAAGGAGAUAAAGGACAAAAGGGAGAUCUUGGAGUGAAAGGUUCAACUGGAGCUAAUGGUGGCAAAGGUGAUAAGGGAACACCAGGAUCGAAAGGAACCACAGGUUCCACGGGGCCACAAGGGAUCCAAGGAGACAAAGGGAACAAAGGCACACCAGGCACAAAUGGAAUAAAUGGAUCAAAAGGUGACAAAGGAAUGAAAGGAAACGCAGGUCCGACGGGUGCAGAAGGCCCCAAGGGCUUGAAGGGUGCACCAGGAGUCAAAGGGACUGAUGGUACCAAUGGCGCAACUGGGGGCAAAGGCUCCAAGGGCAGCAAGGGUGAAAUUGGGCCUCAGGGCCUUACAGGCACCGGUGGUACCAAGGGCAGCAAGGGUGACAAAGGCACACCUGGAGUGGGCACCCAAGGUAUUCAGGGUGACAAGGGCAUGAAAGGUGAAAUUGGUUCCACUGGAAAUACUGGACCCAUUGGCCUAACUGGUCCCAAAGGCAUCAAAGGUGAUACUGGAACCAAAGGAACAGCUGGAACCAAAGGCACCCAGGGUAUCAAAGGUGACCAGGGAUUCAAGGGUAACAAAGGAGAAAUUGGUCCCUCUGGAACCGCAGGAACAAAAGGAAUCAAAGGAUCAACUGGAUCCCAAGGUAAGAAAAUUGUCCUCAUGCAUGCAAUUUUCCUGGACUAUAAAAAUAGGUGUUUUUCAAAUGUUCAAGGAAUAACGGGAAAUACGGGCGGGAAGGGUGAGCAAGGAAUCAAAGGUCAAACCGGAGAAAAAGGCAUAAAAGGUUCGUCAAUAUCUUGCAAUGAUUUGCGAACACUCCACUUCAUCAUCAUCGUAAAAUUAUUUUUAAAAAUAGGCAACAAAGGCGAAACCGGUUUGAAAGGAGCAACUGGGCCUCAAGGAAUCAAAGGCGUCAACGGGGAUAAAGGCAUAACAGGCCCAACAGGUCCACAGGGAAACAAAGGAUUCAAGGGGGACGUUGGGCCUAAAGGCCUUAAAGGCACAACCGGGGUUAAAGGAAACCAGGGAGAAAAGGGAAUUCAAGGAAUCACGGGCUUAACAGGCCAAAAGGGAGAAAUAGGCUUGAAAGGUUUACAAGGGACAACUGGCGCAACCGGUUUGAAAGGUAAAGUGAAAGACAAAUACUUCACGGACAGUAAUUCCCUGAAUUUUUUGCAUCUAUUUCUAGGUGACAAGGGCAAUAAAGGCAUGACGGGAGAAAUAGGUCUCAAAGGUCUAAAAGGACAAAAGGGAGAAAUAGGAUUGAAAGGAACCACGGGACUACAAGGCAUCCAGGGCAUAACCGGAGUAAAGGGAGACAAGGGAUUCAAAGGUUCCACCGGAUCCACCGGAGCAGAAGGUCCCAUCGGGCCAAAAGGUCUCAAGGGUGACGUGGGACCCAAGGGAACCACAGGAACCAAGGGAGUAGAUGGAACCAAAGGUGGAAAAGGUAACAAAGGUGACACUGGCCCGACAGGCCCACAGGGAACCAAAGGCUUCAAGGGAGACAAAGGAAUGUCUGGAACAAACGGAAACAAGGGUGACAAAGGCACAACCGGUAUCAAAGGUCAGACAGGCACAAAAGGCCAAAAGGGAGAGCUGGGACUGACCGGACCAAAAGGACUACAAGGAAACAAAGGAACAGCAGGUUUGGACGGAGCAAAAGGAAUGACAGGUCUAAAGGGAGAAGUUGGUCAGCAAGGAAUAAAAGGAACAACGGGAUUAAAGGGCGAUAAGGGUAUGAAAGGAAUUCAGGGAACAACCGGAAGCAAAGGUUCGAAGGGCUUCAAGGGAGAUACCGGUAAAGGUGGUGCAGCUGGACCCGAAGGAAACGCCGGAACCAAUGGACUCAAUGGAUCAAAAGGAAGCCAAGGCAACAAAGGGGACACUGGCGCAACAGGAUUGCAAGGUCCCACAGGAUCCCAAGGACCAAAGGGAGACAAAGGGUCACAAGGCAUCCAGGGAAUCAAAGGAGAAAUAGGACCUACAGGACUAAAAGGUUUGAUGAAAAAAAAGAUUCUACGCGUUUACGACACCUGUCUUCGAAAAUGCACUCACCGAUCGAGUCUUUUAGGCAUGGCAGGACCCACAGGCGCCACAGGAGCCAAGGGUAACGCAGGAACCAAUGGUGCAAAGGGCUCCACUGGAGCCACAGGACCCAAGGGCGACAAGGGAAGUCGAGGAUCAGACGGCGCCGUAGGUCCCACGGGUCCACCGGGUUCUCUGCCGAUCGGAGGCCUAAUCCCGAGCAUCAUAGCUGGUCCUCUGGGAACAGCAAUCUCCUUACUGUCACAAGUCGUCACCAGUGCUAUCACGCUAGCUAUCGCAAUCCCAGUUGCAGCCCGACUGGGUCAAGGCAACGGCCCAGGUCCUUUCGGUCCUCAAUUCAAUCGGGAAUUCAUCGACGACGACGUUUUCGAUUUUCGAGAAGUGGACGAUGAACCAACGACCCUGCUUGCCGUAGCAUCACCCCAGGAGGUCGGAUUACAAGUUCUUCAAGCGAGGAGACGAGAAGCAGUUUCGAACAUAGCUGCGAGAUGGAACUCCGUGAUGCGAGGGUUCUUUCAAGCUGGAACCCAGCGAUUAAGUUCCUUGUUCAAGCUCAAGCGUCGUACACAAACGACGAAAUUCAUUCGACAAAAAGACGAUAGAUUGAGGAAACGUUUGAGACAAGGCACAAAAGCAAAGCAGAAUUUCAAGCAAAAUUUGCCGGCGAACAAGAAGACGAGAACAACUCGAAACAGGACGAGGAACCGACGACGAGGAACGUUCCGACGUCGAUCCAGUGGACAUCACUCCAAUUUUCAAAAUAGACAAUUCAAAAAUCGAAUGCUCAAACAGGUUGCUGAUGCAGACAGAAUUCAUCCGGACCAAAUCAGAAACAAACAAGUUCAAGAAGAUAUUGUGCAAAGCACAGACUUGUUCUCGCACCAAAAUGUCUUUCAACCGUCAUGG